UCCGGACGUCAUUCACGUCCUUUCGCUUGCGCAUUAUACACGCAGAUGGCUAUGCAACUACACUAAUAUUAAAUGCACGUACAUGGAGUUAUCGUAAAUUCAAAAAAGUUUUAACUUUACUCUAAAAGAAGAAGAAAAAUACACAAAAAAAAGAGAGACCUUGGAGUAACGGAUAGUAUACACAGGUCCUGAUGAAGACUAUAGUGCAGUUCAAACCAAAAAUCAAAAAGUAGACAUGCUAUUCACUGAAUAUGAAGAAAAAAAAAAUUUUCUCAGUAAAUUAAAACUCAUCUUAGAUGAAAUGCAUGCAUUAGAAAGGAGAACUGUAGACCAAUCUAGUAGUGACGGAUGGUGGAGACAACGUAAAAUACGUCUCACUACUUCAAAUUUCGGGAAAAUUAUAAAACCUAAAGCUACUACCUCUCGGAAAAAUACUGUCAAAUAUAUAUUGUAUGAAGUAUUUUGCGGCAAUGUUGCUACAAGAUAUGGAAUUGAAAAUGAGCCGAUUGCGAAAAAAUGUUUAGAAAUUAAACUAGGUGUAAAUAUACAGCUUGUGGUCUUUUUGUAUAUAAAAAAACUAACAUUUUUAGCAGCUAGCUCCGACGAUUUAAUCGAUAAUCACAAAGUAGUUGAGAUUAAAUGUCCACCGUCCAUUAAAGAUAUGACACCCGAAGAAGCUUUUGAAAAUAAAAAAUUUAAUAUUAUGAGUUUUAAAGAAGGAAUUUUAAAAUUGAUAACCACACAAAGUUAUUAUUUUCAAGUACAGGGGAUAUUGGAAAUACCUAUCAGAAAGAAAGUAUUGUUACUUUGAUGCGUGGACACCUAAAAGUAUGGUUUAAAUUAAUUAACUAUUUCUUAGAAAUAAUAUUUUAUUUAUUUUAAUGGUUCUUAUUUUGGUACAAGGAUGGUAAUUGAUAAAAUGUACAAAAAUUACUAUUUCUAGAGAAAAAAUUAAGCCUCAGAUAGAGAAAUUUUAUAUGGAAUAUUUACUUGUUGAACUUAUCGACUCUCGGUUUGACUGAGGUCUUCUAUUAAGAACUGGGUUGAAUUUAUAAAAAUUUAAUUAUUUUAUUUUAGUUUUGUAUUAUUACUGUUUUAUG